AUAAAACCCACGCCGCACGCCUCCUUAGCCGGCCGAAACAACCACAACACACAGGCGAAGCAAACCCGCACAGGGAGGGACAGCGCAGACCUCUCCCUCCCAUUCCCGUCUCCCCGACGCGCUCCCCGCAUCCCCUCCCCAAUCCCGCCCAUGUGGCCGUCGUCGUGGGUCAAGACGCGCAGCUCCGACUCCGCCGCGGCCUCCACCACCUCCACCGCGCUCGUCGCGUCCCCGCGCCUCUCCUUCCCAUCCCCGUCCCUCAAGGACCUCCGGACGCUGCUCGCGCCGGACUCCCCCGCGGCGUCCCCGUGCUCCUCCGCCUCCUCCCCGUCGCCGCGCGUCUUCCACCGCAUCCGCGUCGCCGCCUCCGCGCUCCGGGUCCUCCGCACGCUCCAGCAGUCCCCGACCGCGCCCGCCAACGGCUGCGCUGGGGAGCACCACCCCGCCGCCCCCGGCGGGGGCGGCGGCGGGCGGGUGGUCCUCUACUUCACCUCGCUCCGCGUGGUCCGCGGCACCUACGAGGACUGCCGCGCCGUGCGGGCCAUCCUGCGGGGGCUCCGCGCCGCCGUCGACGAGCGGGACCUCUCCAUGGACCCCGCCUUCCUCCCCGAGCUCGCGGCGCUGCUCCCCCACCCGCAGCGCCGCCGCGUGACGCUGCCCCAGGUCUUCGUCGGCGGCCGCCACCUCGGCGGCGCCGAGGAGGUCCGGCGCCUCCACGAGUCCGGCGAGCUCCGCCGCAUCGUCGCCCCCUCCCCGGCCUUCCCCUCCGCCUGCGCCCGCUGCGGCGGCGAGCGGUACGUACUCUGCGGCGCCUGCGACGGUAGCCACAAGCGGUACAGCCUCAAGGGCGGCGGCGGGUUCCGCGCCUGCGCCGACUGCAACGAGAACGGGCUCGUCCGGUGCCCCGGCUGCUGCGCCCCCGCCGCUGCCUGAUCCAGAUCCGAGAUCCGGCUUGGUCCCCUGGUUCGGGCUCCCCCCACCUCUAAUAACUCUAAACUCUCUCUAGAAGUACUAGCAGUACUCUGUACUCCACUCGCCAUCAAACUUGAUUAGGAGGAGAUCGUUCGUGCCGCGUCUGGUACUGUAGUUAUUGCUACUGCUAAGCGAUUACUAGUGUUCUCAAGCCAGUUUACAGCAGAUCAGGAGCUGGGGCUCUGGAGUUACUUAUUAGAUUUCCUCCAACCUUGGAUUAUAGUAGAACAUUAAUACCACUACUAGAACAGCCGUUUCAGUUCCUUUGUGCUCUUGGUUAAUCUGUUUUUCAUCAGUCUUUGGGGAGCCA